CAUCCGAUGGGAUCAGUUGUAAUGAUUCUUUUCCUUUUUGUUUCACACCCAAUCCUAAUUUCCCUCUCUCGCCUUCCUGUUUCCCCAUCCACACACACACACUGUCCCAAACGACACCGUUUCCUGACUCUCUCUCCCUCUCCCUCUCUUUCUUAUCAUCUUCUUUCUUGAUCAUGCUCUGGUCAAAACAAAGAACACAGAGAGAGGGAAGGUGACCGCCACAGUCAUCCCAUAAAAAGCUUCCACCUGCUAUUUGCUCUCUGUCUCCCUCUUGCUAUUUUUCGUUUAUUUUAAUAUUUCAUUUUAAAAUUAUAUUUUUUUGUGUGAAAGUUAUUAAAUAUUUUCUUACACUCUGAGAAAAAAGAACCUCGAUGCUUGUGCGCUCUCUCUCUCUCUCCCUCUAUCUUUCUUCUCUGUCUUCUUAACAUUCAUCUCUUCCUUCUUCCACCUCUAUAUCUGUGUCGUCCUACUCUUCCUCUUCCCCCCCCCCCCCCCCCUUCCUCUCUCUUCUUCUCUCUUUCUCUCCCCAUGGUUUUUUAAAUUUAAACCCCCUUUUCUUCACGCACUCAUACAUUAACACACGCUCUCUCUGUGAAUUAAGUGUAACUAUUAUAACCAGCACACAGAAAAAAAAGAACAAUCAGUUUCUCUCUUCUCUAAAACUACUAGUUCUCAUACUGUUUCCUAAGAAAAUUAAAACACAAACCCCAAGUGUGUGUUUUCUUCUUUCAAUCUCGUUCACGCUCGCCCAUGAGGAUGAAUAUCAAUCCCACCACCUGCAACAUGGAUUCUUCAUCUCCCCAUAACUGGCUUGCUUUCUCUCUUUCCAACAACCACAUCAACUUACCUUCUUCUUCCUCUACUUCUGCUGAUCAUGAUUCCUCUCAGCUUUGUCUCUUUGAAGCUUUCACAACUGCCAACACCAACCCAGGUAACGUUCUUGAUGGUCAAGUGCAAGAAGACGACGCCGUUACUGCCGGUGCAACUGACCUCUCCAUCUUCACCGCCGGCCCGAAGCUUGAGGACUUUCUCGGCGGUUCUGCUACGGCGACAACUGGCCCAACACCUCCACAGCUGGGUCACUUCUCUACUGAAACUUCCAACACCGUCACCGUAUCUGACACUGAGAUUUAUGAGUCUGAGCUCAAAACGAUAGCCGCUAGCUUCCUCCGCGGCUUCUCCUCUUCUGAUCAUCAACAAACUGAUCAUACCCAGAAGCAACACCAACUUCUGCAACACCAGCAGCAGCUGGUGCAUGCAGAGCCUGCUCCUAAGAAGGCUGUCGAUACCUUUGGCCAACGCACUUCUAUUUACAGAGGCGUCACAAGACAUAGAUGGACUGGUAGAUACGAAGCUCAUUUGUGGGAUAAUAGCUGUAGAAGAGAAGGCCAGAGUAGAAAAGGAAGGCAAGUUUAUUUGGGGGGUUAUGAUAAGGAAGAAAAAGCAGCAAGAGCUUAUGAUCUUGCCGCUCUGAAGUACUGGGGUCCGACCACUACUACAAAUUUUCCGAUUUCUAACUAUGAGAAGGAACUGGAAGAGAUGAAGAACAUGACAAGGCAAGAGUUUGUCGCUUCACUUCGCAGGAAAAGUAGUGGAUUUUCUAGAGGUGCCUCCAUUUACAGAGGUGUUACCAGGCAUCAUCAACAUGGUAGGUGGCAAGCAAGAAUUGGAAGAGUUGCAGGCAACAAAGAUCUUUAUCUUGGCACCUUCAGCACCCAAGAAGAGGCAGCCGAAGCAUACGACAUCGCUGCAAUAAAAUUCAGAGGCUUAAACGCAGUGACCAACUUCGACAUGAGCCGCUACGACAUAAAAAGUAUAGCAAACAGCAACCUCCCCAUCGGGGGUAUCUCAAACAAAUCCAAGAACUCAUCGGACUCCGCCUCCGACACCAAGAGCCUCGACGCUGGCAGCCGCUCCGACGACCGAGAUCUCUCCUCUGCAUCAUCCGUCGCAUUCGCCUCUCACCCUCAUCCCACCUCUGCUACUUCCGGCAGCAACCUAAGCUUCGCAAUACCCAUCAAACAAGACCCCACCGAUUACUGGUCCAACAUUCUCGGCUACAAGAACCAACCUCCUACAACCUUGUUUCAGUCAUCUGCAAAUUUUCAAACAGCUUCAGCUAGUAAUUUUAUUGAUCAUUAUAACGAGACCAACAAUGGGUUGUACGUUAGCGGGGGGUACAAUGCUGUUCAGCAGCAACAAAACGGUGGCGUUUUUGGUGCUCAUCAUCAUUCUACUCCUCCCUCUUCAUCUUCAAUCCCCUUUGCUACCCCGAUUACCCUAAACGGUGGGGUAAACAGUUCUUACGAAGGGUCUUCUGGGUAUGGUAGCUGGAACAAUAUUGCACCUUCUUUGCACUCUUUUCAAACUGUCAAGUCCAAUCUUUCAGUGUUUCAGACACCCAUCUUUGGGAUGGAAUGAAAGAUGGUGACGAGGAGAAGGGGAAAUUAUUAAUGUGGGUUGCCAUUGUUGUGAAAGAGAAGGACGGGGGGUGUUGUAUAAUCUGGAUGCGCAAAGUGGGUAGUGGUAAGCGAAGUGGGAGAUUGGUGGCAGGUCAAUUUUUCAGUUUGAGUAGAGUGAGGUGACGAGACUGACAGAGCAUUUUCACAGGAGCUGACUGUACGACUAACUUACUGAAGUUCUUUGGUUAUGGUGUUUUGUUUUUUUUUUUCGUUUGCUUUUUAACUGACAAUUUUUAAAUGGGUAUAAUGAAAAAGAAAU